GCUGCCCCGGGGCCGGUUGGCGGCCUCCUCCCGGACCCACCGACCCACCGAGCGGGGAGGACGACGAGGAGGAGGCGGCCGGCGCCGAAGGACCGGGCCCAGGCGGACCGAAAAGGAGCCCCCGAUACCCCUUUAACAUCGGAACAAAGCCACCCAUAAAUUUUCACCGUGCGACGAGAAAGAGACUGGACUGAACUCUAUCCAGCUUUUUAAACUUGGGGAGGAUUUAUAUUUAUAUUUUUAAUCUUUGAGUAUCUACAAUGAAUGGACACAGCGAUGAAGAAAGUGUCAGAAACAGCAGCGGAGAAUCAAGCCAGUCGGACGAUGACUCCGGAUCAGCAUCCGGAUCUGGAUCGGGUUCGAGCUCCGGAAGCAGCAGCGAUGGAAGCAGCAGUCAGUCAGGCAGCAGUGACUCCGAUUCCGGGUCCGAGUCGGGCACUCGCUCGGAUACCGAGUCGGACGCUUCCAGAGACAAGAAACAAGUGCAAGCUAAACCACCGAAAGUCGAUGGAGCCGAGUUUUGGAAGUCCAGUCCUAGUAUUCUGGCCGUUCAGAGAUCCGCAAUGCUCAGAAAGCAGCAGCAGCAACAACAACAGCAAGCUUCAUCAAACAGUGGAUCAGAAGAGGAUUCAUCAAGCAGUGAAGAUUCCGAGGAUGAUGAUUCUAGUGAAGUCAAGAGGAAGAAACACAAAGAUGAAGACUGGCAAAUGUCUGGGUCAGGUUCUCCCUCUCAGACGGGAUCAGACUCAGAAUCAGAGGAAGAGAGAGAGAAAAGCAGUUGUGAAGAAAGUGAAUCUGACUAUGAGCCAAAAAACAAAGUUAAGAGCAGGAAACCUCAGAACAGAAUAAAAGCGAAGAACGGAAAGAAGAUAUCUGGGCAGAAGAAAAGGCAGAUCGAUUCUUCGGAUGAGGAUGACGAUGAUGACGACGACGAUGAUUAUGAUAAAAGAGGGUCUCGUCGCCAGGCCACCGUCAAUGUUAGCUAUAAGGAAGAUGAAGAAAUGAAAACAGAUUCGGAUGACUUGUUGGAAGUCUGCGGGGAAGACGUUCCUCAACCGGAAGAGGAUGAAUUUGAAACGAUAGAGAGGUUUAUGGACAGUCGGAUUGGACGAAAAGGAGCAACGGGUGCCACCACGACGAUAUACGCGGUCGAAGCAGACGGCGAUCCGAACGCAGGCUACGAAAAAUCGAAGGAAUCCGGAGAGACCCAGUAUUUAAUUAAAUGGAAAGGCUGGUCUCAUAUCCACAAUACUUGGGAGACCGAAGAAACCUUAAAGCAGCAGAAUGUUAAAGGGAUGAAAAAAUUAGACAAUUACAAGAAAAAGGAUCAGGAAACCAAAAGAUGGUUGAAAAAUGCUUCUCCAGAAGAUGUGGAAUAUUAUAAUUGCCAGCAAGAACUAACAGAUGAUUUACAUAAACAGUAUCAAAUCGUGGAGAGAAUAAUUGCCCAUUCAAACCAGAAGUCAGCAGCGGGCUAUCCAGAUUACUAUUGCAAAUGGCAGGGCCUGCCGUACUCCGAGUGCAGUUGGGAAGACGGAGCACUCAUUUCCAAAAAGUUUCAGCCAUGCAUCGAUGAAUAUUUCAGCAGAAAUCAAUCUAAGACCACUCCGUUCAAAGAUUGCAAAGUUUUAAAACAAAGGCCAAGAUUUGUUGCACUGAAGAAACAGCCAUCCUAUAUUGGAGGGCAUGAAGGUUUAGAACUAAGGGAUUAUCAAUUAAAUGGUCUGAAUUGGCUCGCCCAUUCAUGGUGCAAAGGGAACAGCUGCAUACUUGCUGAUGAAAUGGGCCUUGGCAAAACUAUACAGACUAUAUCCUUUUUAAAUUACCUGUUCCAUGAACACCAGUUAUAUGGACCUUUCUUAUUAGUCGUGCCACUUUCUACUCUUACUUCUUGGCAAAGAGAAAUUCAAACCUGGGCUCCUCAGAUGAAUGCCGUGGUUUACUUAGGGGACGUUAACAGCAGAAACAUGAUAAGAACUCAUGAAUGGAUGCACCUCCAGACCAAGCGUCUAAAGUUUAAUAUACUUUUGACAACCUAUGAAAUUUUGUUGAAGGAUAAGGCAUUCCUAGGUGGCCUGAAUUGGGCUUUCAUAGGUGUGGAUGAAGCUCAUCGUUUAAAGAAUGACGACUCACUUCUGUACAAGACUUUAAUAGACUUCAAAUCCAAUCACCGCCUUCUUAUCACUGGAACACCCCUGCAAAAUUCCCUCAAAGAGCUGUGGUCUUUGCUGCACUUCAUCAUGCCCGAAAAAUUUGCCUCCUGGGAAGAAUUUGAAGAGGAACACGGCAAAGGGAGGGAAUAUGGCUAUGCCAGUCUUCACAAAGAGCUUGAGCCCUUUUUACUGCGCAGAGUUAAGAAAGACGUCGAAAAAUCUCUUCCUGCCAAGGUUGAACAGAUUUUAAGAAUGGAGAUGAGUGCAUUGCAGAAGCAAUAUUACAAAUGGAUUUUAACCCGGAAUUAUAAAGCCCUCAGCAAAGGUUCGAAGGGCAGUACCUCAGGCUUUUUGAACAUCAUGAUGGAGCUCAAGAAGUGUUGUAACCAUUGCUACCUCAUUAAACCACCUGAUAAUAAUGAAUUCUAUAACAAACAGGAGGCCUUACAGCAUUUAAUCCGAAGCAGCGGAAAAUUGAUUCUUCUCGACAAGCUUUUGAUUCGCUUAAGAGAAAGAGGCAACAGAGUUCUUAUUUUCUCUCAGAUGGUGCGGAUGUUAGAUAUUCUUGCGGAAUAUUUGAAAUAUCGUCAGUUCCCCUUUCAGAGACUAGAUGGUUCAAUCAAAGGAGAACUGAGGAAACAAGCACUAGAUCAUUUUAAUGCCGAAGGAUCAGAGGAUUUCUGCUUUUUAUUAUCUACAAGAGCUGGAGGUUUAGGAAUUAAUCUAGCAUCCGCUGACACCGUUGUUAUAUUUGAUUCUGACUGGAACCCGCAAAAUGAUCUUCAGGCACAGGCUAGAGCUCAUAGAAUUGGACAAAAGAAACAGGUCAAUAUCUAUCGGCUAGUCACCAAGGGUUCGGUUGAAGAAGAUAUCCUUGAGCGAGCCAAGAAGAAGAUGGUGCUGGAUCAUCUAGUAAUUCAGAGAAUGGACACGACCGGGAAGACUGUGCUCCACACAGGCUCCACUCCCUCAAGUUCUACUCCUUUCAACAAGGAAGAGUUAUCUGCAAUUUUAAAGUUUGGCGCAGAAGAACUUUUUAAGGAACCCGAAGGUGAAGAACAAGAGCCCCAGGAAAUGGAUAUAGAUGAAAUCUUGAAGAGGGCUGAAACUCAUGAAAAUGAACCAGGUCCACUGACUGUAGGAGAUGAACUGCUUUCCCAGUUCAAGGUGGCCAAUUUUUCAAAUAUGGAUGAAGAUGACAUAGAUAUAGAACCUGAAAGAAAUUCAAGGAACUGGGAGGAAAUCAUUCCAGAAGAUCAAAGACGGAGGUUAGAAGAGGAAGAAAGACAAAAAGAGCUUGAAGAAAUCUAUAUGCUCCCAAGAAUGAGAAAUUGUGCGAAGCAGAUCAGCUUCAACGGAAGCGAAGGCAGGCGCAGUAGAAGCAGAAGAUACUCUGGCUCAGACAGUGAUUCAAUCUCUGAAAGGAAAAGGCCAAAAAAGCGAGGAAGACCCCGAACUAUCCCACGGGAGAAUAUUAAAGGAUUUAGUGAUGCAGAAAUUAGGCGGUUUAUCAAGAGUUACAAGAAAUUUGGUGGUCCUCUGGAAAGGUUAGAUGCCAUUGCUCGAGAUGCCGAGUUAGUUGAUAAAUCAGAGACAGAUCUCAGAAGAUUAGGGGAACUUGUUCAUAAUGGAUGCAUCAAGGCUUUAAAGGACAGUUCUUCUGGACAGGAACGAACAGGAGGUCGACUUGGGAAAGUGAAAGGUCCAACAUUCCGAAUAUCAGGAGUACAGGUGAAUGCAAAACUUGUCAUCUCUCAUGAAGAGGAAUUAGUACCGCUGCACAAGUCCAUUCCUUCAGAUCCAGAGGAAAGAAAAAGGUAUACCAUCCCUUGCCACACCAAAGCAGCUCACUUCGAUAUAGACUGGGGCAAAGAAGAUGAUUCCAACCUUUUAAUUGGCAUCUAUGAAUAUGGUUAUGGAAGCUGGGAAAUGAUUAAAAUGGAUCCUGAUCUCAGCUUAACCCAUAAGAUUCUACCUGAUGAUCCGGAUAAAAAACCACAAGCAAAGCAAUUGCAGACUCGAGCGGACUACCUCAUUAAAUUAUUAAAUAAAGAUCUUGCAAGAAAAGAAGCCCAGAGACUUUCUGGUGCCGGCAACUCAAAGAGAAGGAAAACAAGGACAAAGAAGAGUAAACUGGGGAAAUCUGCCAAAGUGAAAGAGGCAGUAAAGAGUGAUUCUUCUCCGCUACCCUCAGAAAAAUCCGACGAGGACGAAAAGGAUGAAAUCACUUGUGUGAAACAUCCAAAUAAAAAAAGUAAGACAGAAAAAGAAAGCGAAGAAAAACCUGAGCCAGAAGUUGGUGUUAAGAAGGAGCCAGAAGAAAAGAGGGAAGCAAAAGAAAAGGAAAAUAAGAGAGAACUUAAAAGGGAGAAAAAAGAAAAGGAGGAUAAAAAGGAUAUAAAGGAAAAGGAUAUUAAAGAAAAAAGAGAAAACAAAGUAAAAGAAGCUAUGCAGAAAGAGAAAGACAUGAAGGAAGAAAAGAUAAGUGAAACCAAAUCUGAUAACAAAGAGAAAUCUAAGAAAUCUGCAGCAUUAGAUGCUCCAGUUCAUAUCACUGCAAGCGGAGAGCCCGUUCCUAUAUCGGAAGAAUCUGAAGAGCUGGAUCAGAAAACAUUCAGUGUUUGCAAAGAAAGAAUGAGGCCUGUCAAAGCAGCCCUGAAGCAGCUUGAUCGACCCGAGAAAGGCCUUUCCGAGCGAGAACAGCUGGAACAUACCAGACAGUGUCUGAUCAAAAUCGGGGAUCACAUUACUGAGUGUCUCAAAGAAUAUGCAAACCCUGAACAAAUUAAGCAGUGGAGAAAAAAUUUAUGGAUUUUCGUCUCCAAGUUUACAGAAUUUGAUGCAAGGAAACUGCACAAAUUAUACAAGCACGCUAUUAAAAAGCGACAGGAAUCUCAGCAACAUAAUGACCAGAACAGCGGCAGUACCAUGAAUACUCACGUGAUUAGAAAUCCAGUAGAUGUGGAAAGACUGAAAGAGAAUACGAAUCACGAUGACAGCAGCAGGGACAGUUAUUCUUCCGAUAGACAUCUGUCACAAUAUCACGAUCACCAUAAAGAUCGGCAUCAAGGAGAUGCUUACAAGAAAGGCGAUUCCCGGAAAAGGCCCUAUUCUUCCUUCAGCAACGGAAAAGACCACCGGGAUUGGGAUCACUACAAACCAGAAAGCAGAUACUACAGCGAUAGCAAACACCGAAAACUGGACGAUCACAGGAGUCGAGAUCACAGGUCGAGCCUGGAAGGAAGUUUAAAAGACAGAUCCCAUUCCGACCACCGUUCCCAUUCAGACCAUCGAUUGCACUCGGACCACCGAUCGAGUUGUGACUACUCCCACCACAAAUCUUCCCGGGACUAUCGCUACCACUCAGACUGGCAGAUGGACCACAGAGCUUCCGGUAGCGGCCCCCGAUCGCCCCUAGAACAGAGGUCCCCGUACGGCUCCAGAUCGCCCUUGGGCCAUAAGUGUCCGUUCGAACACUCGUCCGAUCACAAAAGCACGCCGGAGCAUACUUGGAGCAGUCGGAAAACAUAACAGACGCCGACGCGUCCCCGUCCCCCGUCCCCCCCGUCCCCCCGCCCCGAGUCGGCCGAACUUCCCUUUAGCCAUAUAUUGUAAAACUAACACAGUAAUUGCCUUACAUAACUUGAAAGAUACGGACAGGAUCUUUAGUCGGUAGCAGUAUUGUUACUUCUUUCCAGGAUGCAAGGUCUAUUAUCCCAACAGAAGAAAAAAAAAAUAUUUUUGUAUUUAAGGUUUAUGCUGCACUGUGCCCCAAAUGUUGUGGCACGUUUUUUUUAAAGAAAUGGAAGAUGUUUACUAUUAUAUAGGGACCUCAACACUGCCCCUUUCAGGCUGGAUGAAACUCUUCACGUCAGUGGUUUUUAGGCUGAACUCUCUUUAAAUUAUGUUUGUACAUGAACUUUACACACUGACCUGUGAUCAUGAUUCAGGAAGGAUUGAAGAGUUUUUUUGGUUGUCUUUUGUUUUUCUGUUUUUUGUUUCGUUUUGGUUUUGUGUUUGUUGGUUGGUUUUUUUUUUUUUUCCUCCCCCUUAGUAAAGAACUCUCAAGGACUCUUGUUCACUUUCCAAAGCUACUUGUUUACAUUGUACACUGCGACCACCUUGCCGCUUCUCAUCACAAGCUUGAAUAUUUAAAUUCUGUACCUAUGACUGUAAAAUAGCCAGGACUUUUCUGUUUGUGAUCAGUUGUAUUGCCUUUUUACAAAACAAGACGGCUGUAAAUUAUUGUAAAUUAAUGAAAUGAGCUUCUCUUCCCUUCCCCUUCACUUCCCCCCUCACCCUCUCCCCCUCUCAGGCUUUUUUUUGACUGUUCCUUUCCCCACCAACUCAGGCCUUCUUAUCACACAAAAAUAAAAUGAAAAAUCAACAUAUUGAACUUUUUAAUAAGAAUCAUUGUUCCGAAUGUAAAAUGGGGAAAGGGAACACUAUUCCACUAGAAUGUCCCCUAGCGCUCCUUUUUUUUAUCGGAUAUUUUAUUAGAUAUGUUUGUUUUAAAAAUUCAGAUGUCAGUGUCGUGAUUGUCGUAGUGAUGAAAUGGUGAGAAAAUGCUUACGAUCUAAGCCGCGUGCUCUGAAAACACUUUCAGGUGCAUUGGUUUGAAAGGACAGGUAUGUGACCACUUCAAAAUUCAAAUAGCCAAAACUUAAUUGUAAAUCCAUUUGUUUUCCCUUUUCAUGUGGGCAAUAAUGUCAAAUGUGCUAUGCAGCCAGUUAACAUUUUAGAUGAACUGAUUGACUUUUAAUAGAAACUGUUACAGUGCACACUGAUUGUAUAUAGAUACCUUCUAUAUAUGGCAAAUUAAAUUUAACUAAAAGGAUAUGUGGGCUCCUGUAAUUUUCUGCUGCCUUUUUAACUCCAGUAUAACUUCCUCAGUAUUAUUGAGUUUUAUACUAACGAUUCCAGCUUCUGAAAAAAAAAAAAACUUGGUAACUAUUUAAAAUACAGGCUAUGCAUUAUACCCUUCCUCUAAAUCUGUGAUUUUAAAAAGCACGGACAAAAGUCAUACCAGUGGCCGGUAAAACGUUUCUCGGCGAACCGAUUUGCCCCUUUUGGUGGUGGUGUAUGUUGUCAUCCUUGGGUUUUUCUCUGAAAAUUGGGGGGUUUGACAGUACAGUAAUUGCCCGUGGGCAAAAGGAUGUGAUUUCAAAUUCAAUUUUAUAAACUUGACCAAACCCAGCCACACUGGUGUUUUUCAGAAGCAGAGGUCCCGUCUUCAUAUCAGACACUAAAAUGCAAGUUAAAAAAGUUGCAGAAACAGAUCAAAAAAAUUCGGACUUCCCAUUUCGUUCCAAAGAUCUUUGUAUUUUGGUGACAUCAAAUACAGUUGAAAUAUUGGCUGCA